GGCGUCAAGGCGCGGUGCUGAAAGAGUUAAUCAGCUGUGGAAGCUGAGCUGCCACGGAUCCACCUUCAGAGAGAUGCGGCGUCUCCUCGCACAGCUGACUGGGAAACACAGGUAGUCUGUCCGAAUUGGCUCUCGGCAUACUUGUUGAUCUUGGGGCGGAACAGCGGUGCGAUAUGCGGAGCAGGAAACCGGCCGGUAGGCAGUAGAUCUUGCUGAGGAUCUUUCUACCAUGUCGGAGGCAGAGGAGGGGAAAUGGAUUGGGUUAGACCCUGGCAAUAGUAAACCAAUAACGGCGUCUCCUUUUUUUUAAAUGCUACUGCUUCAUCUCCGUUUGUACCAGCGGGCUGAUUGUUCACAGAGCGGUACGGGCUGAUUUGGUUCAGUGCAGGAUGACAACAACUCACUACGAUACAAUAAUGAAAGAAAACAGGACCAACUGUAGUCCAUAGCCCUGGAUGUUUGCCUGCUUCCUUGAAUCUAAAGUCAUCAUGGAGAAAUCCUUGGCAGAGUUAAAUAAAGCUGACUCCCGCUCAACAUCAUCGCUGCCACCUGAACCGGUGGACAUCAUUCGUAGCAAGUCAUGUUUCCGCAGAGUCAGGCUGAAUGUUGGGGGUCUCCCACAUGAAGUCUUAUGGCGAACGUUAGAUAGGCUACCACGGACACGUUUGGGAAAGUUAAGAGAUUGCAACACCCAUGAAUCUUUGAUGGAAGUGUGCGAUGACUACAACCUUGAGGAGAAUGAGUACUUUUUUGACCGACAUCCAGGGGCGUUCACGUCAAUUCUGAACUUCUACCGUACGGGUAAGCUGCACAUGAUGGAAGAAAUGUGCGCCUUGUCGUUCAGUCAAGAACUCGACUACUGGGGCAUUGAUGAGAUCUACCUGGAGUCAUGUUGCCAGGCGAGGUACCACCAGAAAAAGGAGCAAAUGAAUGAGGAGCUCAAACGAGAGGCAGACAAUAUGAAAGACAGAGAGGGAGAAGAAUUUGACAACACUUGCUGUGCCGAAAAACGAAAGAAACUUUGGGACCUCCUGGAGAAGCCCAGCUCAUCAGUUGCAGCAAAGAUCCUGGCCAUCAUCUCCAUCCUCUUCAUCGUGCUAUCCACCAUUGCCUUGUCUCUGAACACCCUUCCAGAGCUGCAGGACACAGAUGAGUUUGGCCAGUCCUCAGAUAACCCACAACUGGCCCACGUGGAAGCUGUUUGUAUUGCCUGGUUUACUAUGGAGUACCUGCUUCGCUUCCUCUCCUCCCCCAGCAAGUGGAAGUUCUUUAAGGGUCCUCUGAAUGUCAUUGACCUGUUGGCCAUCUUACCCUACUACGUCACCAUCUUCUUGACAGAAUCCAACAAGAGUGUGCUGCAAUUUCAGAACGUCCGCCGCGUGGUUCAGAUUUUUCGGAUCAUGCGUAUCCUGCGUAUUCUGAAGCUGGCUCGUCACUCCACAGGUCUUCAGUCUCUGGGCUUCACUCUUAGGAGGAGUUACAAUGAGCUGGGCCUGCUCAUCCUUUUCCUGGCCAUGGGCAUCAUGAUCUUCUCCAGUCUGGUAUUCUUCGCUGAGAAGGAUGAAGAGGACACCAAGUUCAAAAGCAUCCCAGCUUCCUUCUGGUGGGCUACAAUUACAAUGACAACAGUAGGCUAUGGAGAUAUCUACCCAAAAACUCUACUGGGAAAGAUAGUGGGGGGUUUAUGCUGCAUAGCUGGAGUACUGGUGAUCGCCUUACCUAUUCCCAUUAUUGUAAAUAACUUCUCUGAAUUCUACAAGGAGCAGAAGAGGCAGGAAAAAGCACUUAAACGAAGGGAGGCCCUAGAGAGGGCAAAGAGAAAUGGUAGCAUUGUCUCAAUGAACUUGAAAGAGGCAUUUGCUCGUAGUGCAGAACUGAUGGAUGUGGUGGUAGAGAAGAGUGAGAGGCCUCAUGACAACCACCUUUCUCCAAGCCGUUGGAAAUGGACCCCCAAGAGGGCUGCAUCAGAGACAAGCUCAAACCGUUCCUUUAACGCCCAGGAGUUAGGCUCUCCCAACAAGGCCAAAGCCACCAGUCCCCAGAGGCUAAAUGUUCAGAAGCUAGAGGAGAUGUACAACCAGAUGGCCAAGACUCAAUCCCAGCCAAAUCUCAAUGCUAAAGACAGGGGCUCCAGAGUUGGCAAACAGAGAGAUGAAAUAGAGCUGGGGGCCAUCCAAGAUCACGGGCCACCAGUGCUAGGAACCAGAGAAGGAGUGGGGGACAUGAAAAGCUUGUCCAGCAUUGACAGCUAUAUCAGUUGUGCUACAGACUUCCAGGAGAAUCCACGCUUCCCCCAUAGUCCAGCAAUGGACCUUGGUCUUCAGGAAAGCAACCGGUUCUCCCACACUCCGGCUAUAGCUUUGUCCCAGCAUGGCACUGCAAAAACAGGCCAGCAAACCACUGGGGAGCGUGAGCCCAUGCUGCCUCCUGUGUCUGUCACAAAGCCCUCAUACUCACAGAAUGCACGAAAAUUCUUCUUUUCUGGCAACUCGUCAAAAAUACUUAUCCCCAAAGGAGGCUGCCGCAGCGAGGGGGAAUCAGGCCCAUCCCCACUCUCAGACAGCUCAGUCCUAUCAGACCACUCUCUGUUAAGCCCCGAAGUUUCUGUCUACACCACUGCCAGCAGUAGAACCCCACCGAAGUCCCCAGAUAGCACUGCCCCGGCCCCAACUGUCUUCACCUUUCACGACUCCUCCAUCAGCAAAUACAUUGACGCCGAUACAGAUGAUGAUGAGCACCUCCGCGACAUCUCUGACGCCAGUCCCUCUGAGCGUCUUUUGGCUGGUUCAAGCCCAAAACGCAGCAUCAACAUCAAUUACCAGAAAGGCACCAACCAUUUAGAAGCAGCCCAAAAAAUGCUGGGCCAGAACUGUCUGUUCCCCAUUGAAGGGAUUCGUGGGGUAGCUCAUGAGAAUCACGUAGGACCUGAGAUGGCACGUAGACCAAAGGUUGAGAGGGGUCGUCAAAAUACUUUGGAUAAAAGCCUCUGAGGUACAAGUGCAGCAGAACAGGAAGCUGGGGCCCGAGUGUUUGUGAUGGAGACACCGGACAGACUAAAAGCACUAUAUAAGCCAGAGACAAAGGAAGAGGGGGAGACAAAGGGUCUCACCGAAACAUUUCACAAAUUACCUGAGCGUGCCAAUGGGCACUAAGCUCAGAGUGAACAUGUAUGGUGAAUACUCUGGGAGAAAAACACUUCUAAAUUGGAGAAUGUCACUGCCCCUCCUUCAACUCAUUCCUAUUAGCGGUAUUACACACCCACAAAACAAAAGAGCACUCCCAGGUAGCCAACUGUUUGUUCAGAGAUCCCUGUAGAAGCAGAGUCGUCAGAGAAAUUUAAAUGUGGUUAUGACUGGUGUAACCCAACUGAAUGAUGGUUUUAGCAGCAGGGGGUUAUCACUAUAUUCUCCAGGAAAAACAUCCAAACUGCCCAGUAUCCCAUUACUGAGUCCAGUUCAUUUUGUAGUCUUGGAGAUACAGGAGAGGACUUAGAAGCCUAUAAGCUACGUACUUGUGCCCUCCAUUCCCAAAACUGGCCUUAGUCAUUUACAUUUGUAGGAGUGUGCAUGUCUGCAUAUAAGUGUGUGUGUGUGUGUGUGUGUGUGUGUGUGUGUGUGUGUGUGUGUGUGUGUGUGUGUUUGUGAGCAUGUGUGAAUGUUGAUGGGUGAUCUAAUGGUGAUUCAUGUAUACACACUGUUGAGAUUGUCUUACCUGAUUUAUUUUUAUAUAGAUAAAAGAAAGUUCCUUAUAGAAAUGUAUGAUUUGCUAGUCUGCUGUGUCAUAAUCAUAUGUGAAGAGUAAUCCUGUAUAAGGUUCAAUGUCUUGGCACAGAGGCUGCAGUUAACGGGGGCUCCAGCCCAUCAUCUAUUGUAAUGAGCGCUCUUUCUUGAACAGUAUUUUGCUAUCCCCUAUGUUGUCAUGUCAUGGUGAGAAUGGAUAAUUCUUUCAAAUCUUGACCAGUGAGUAUUGUCUUAGCACCUCAGUAUAAUUUUUAAAGGAUGGUAGUGGUCGUGGACCGAGAAGUUUUGAUAUGGGCUAACAUAAGAGCCAGAAAUAAUAAGCCACAUUUAUAAAGCAUGCAUUCGCCCAACCGGUCAACAUACAAAAACACGAGACGCUUUUAAAAAUUAAAUAUAUGAAAAUCCUCUAAUAUAGUUUUUAUGUUCACAGCAUAUGAUUAGUGACAUUAAGUUUAGAGUUCAGUAACAUAUGUUCAGCAUGCAUUGGCCUUCCUUUGACCAACAUGAAAGCAGCCAAAGAUAGUAAAGAUAAUGGAAUAUGCGUGUAUUUGAUUCUGAAAGCAGGGGAGUUUUCCAUUUCUACUUUAAGUUUAACAGCACUGAAUAUACACAGCCACUUCACCAUAAGUCAGUUGUAAAUGCCCAACCUGAUGCAUGAGCAGUGAGCACACAUACCCACUAAAGAUACAUACAGGUAUGGAACACAAUCUUCAGGCUACAUAGAUACACUUAGUUUCCAUGGUGACAGCAGCUGUCCUCAGAGGUUGGCAGCAGCUCAGCAACGGUUUGUUAAUUGGGGCGGGAAGGUCUGGUUGCAUGUAACGUAUGUUCAACACAUAAACAAGAACACACACGGGCAUGUACCCAUAAAGUGACAGGUAUGCACAGUAGUCACAUGUUAGCAGAGCCACUCCUCACUGUGCAUAUUUAUGAGUACUGUGUAAAAGCAACAGUAUUAUGUAAUGACCUUGUACAUUGUUAUGUUUAUGUUUAAAAUCUCUGUAGCAUCACAUAAAUACUACAAUUUCCCACAAUGCAUUCUCUAUUAUCUGUUUAUAUACUAUAUUGCCUCACAGCAAAGAGAAACAGUCUUACAUAGCACAUAAGUGUCACUUACCACUGUUAAAACAACAUAUUACAAGAAUGACCAUACACUUCACACAGAAUAUAAAGACAAAAGUCCUGUAUCGCCAUAGAAAUGCUCUCCAUCACAUCCCAAACUUAAGAAUGUGAAUUAAAUCAUGUAUUAAGAUCCAUAUAGAUCAUGCCAACAUGAGCAGAGUUAGUAUACAGAGUUAAUAACCUACUGUUCCUCCCUCAACCCCUUGAAAUCUAAUUUAAAAUGUGAAGGUACAAAUUUUUUGUAAUGCCUUUAAAAAUUUCAAGAACAUGUAUAUCUUAUGUUAUCACAACUUUCUCCAAUGUUAAUUAGAUGAGUGAAGAAGAGCCUCACUGCCAAACCAAACUGACCAAACUGUUAAAGCUUCCUGGCACAAAUAUAUUAGUAAAAGAUGCAAAUUAAAGAGGGCAUUGCACUAUUAUAAAUGUAGGUGUUGAGUAAAAUUUGAUUCAAAAGUCAAACACAUGGUGAUUGACAUAAUUUUUUUAGUGUUGUGGUUAAGAGUCUAAUCACAAACCAUGAUUUCAUUUUCUGUUUUAAUCACAGAGUUGAACCAUUUCAUAUUGCUCUCCCAUAGUGAGAGGAGCUGAGGUGUGAAAGGAAUAGCAAUGACUGUGAGAGGCAGAGGGAACCAUGUGCGUGUGUGUGUGUAUGAUUGCUGUAGAGCCAGGGCAUUAGAGUAGUGCGGCUGCUGCUUAAUGGAAACGAAUUAACUGUUUCUGAUAUGAAUGUAUGCAUGUCGGGAGAAUCCUGCUUUUCUUUUCUCCAUAUUCUGUCUGCAGUUCUGACUCUAACUUACAUACAGCAGUAACACAGAUCGUAAUACCAAGAGAACUCUAAUCAUAUGAGAAAUUAAGAUUACUUUAGCAUACAUUUAAUAUAUGAAGUGCAGCUUCAUUUACAGAUGUGAAGAGAGGGAUGAGAGGAGCAUUUUAUGAAUCUCAUUUAGCACACAUCAUAUAAUUAGGCAAGGAUGGAUGGUUUGAGCUGGUGACAAAUUUAUUUUAUGCAGCAUCAUAGCGUCAGCUCCUAAAUACUCUAUGUAUCACUACAUUCCUUUUUUGUAUUCAAGUAAAAUUUCUAAUCUUGUCCUUUAUUGCACAUAAACUAAAGUAUCUGUUAAUAUUAGAAGCUAAGUUCAAGAAAAAGAAAAACAAUCAUACUAAAAACGAUUUUAAAACAUAAACUAUGGUAUCAUCUGCAAAGAGGCAUUGAUUUUUUUUAAAUGAGAAUGUCCUAUGGCAUAACAAUUGACUACAGAUAUUUAACAUUUUCCAAAUGACCUCUAGUGAUAUCCCCCCCCCAACUGCUGCUCCGUUAUAUUCAUACAUUAAGUCUUUCCACUAUAAACUUGUACAAUUCUUCAUAUCACAUUAUGUGGUGGAAGUUGCAGAGGUACAAUUUUACAAUGAAAACAUGAUAAACAUGCAAGCUUGGUCCAUUACAUUUUAUUUUAUUUUGUCUCAACAAGAGAAACAUUUGGUUCAUAGACCACAAGUUGGAUGUCAGUUCCUGUUUAACUUUUCAUUGGCAUAUUUAUCUUAAUUAUACUAAAAGUAUGGCAAACAUUUCAACAUAUUUUACCCUGUUACGCAUAAAUGUGCUUGGAGAUUUCGAAAUGUUAAGGUUAAGUUGUUAAGGUUAAUGGGCCUUAAGUUGUGAAGAAACAAAUUUCAGUCCGACGUGUCCUUUGAGUGCAUUACAUUAAUUAAAGACUUGAUAAUUAAGUUUCACUUUUCAACACUAAGAUAAAGGGCAUUCAGAUCACACAACCUCUCAUGAAGCAUCAUGUGAGCUUCUGUCCCAUCAUUUAGGUUUUCUAUAUUAUGGUAGUCAGGGACCAUUUUUCACUGAUAUAUCUCUCAACAACGAUGACAAUCAAUAUUCCAUGAAUAGGCAGCAGGCCCUAUUGUAGAGAUUUAAUUGAGAUUUAUUAUGGGUAAAUAUUACACAAAUACACAACCAUGUGCAUACACACACACACAAACACAAGUAUUGAAAUCCUGACACUAGUAUAGAUACUCUUAAGCUUGUGCAAAGAAACAUCACGCAUUAUGUUGUGAUUUGAUACCUAGACUGUGAUACUGUGACAUGAUGCCACCAUAAUACACACAAAAAACAUUUGUUUAUUUUUACAAGUCAUCAUUGUUUUUAUUUUAUUUUGGCACUUUACUCCCCUCCAUUUCCAAGGGGGCCAUUCAAAUUAACGGAAUCUAAUAGUAUAAAAGAGAAGCUUUUAAUUUCAAUAAGAUCCAAAUGGAGAAAUUCUGAUGUGAAUCAAAGGACUAAACCAUCACACUUUAUGAAGAAAACACACUCAAGUGACUUGCUUUAUUUCUCAUUUAUUGAUACAAAUUAAGAUGAAGAGCACAGAGUCUCAAACUUUUCCAUAACAAGACUCCCAACUGUACAGUAAAUGCAUUUAAUUGAAACCUAAAAUAGAAUUUGGUUGUGGUAGCUGCUAAAUUUAUCUGUAGAGGUUCAAAUCUUUUUCUUUGUUUUGCUUUUCAAGGACGUGGUAGUUUCCAAAACCCAGUGAGAACCACUGCUUUAGCAAGUAGCCCAAUUCCACAUGGUCUGAAUCUAACACUGUAUUACAGGGUUGGGGUCGAUUCAGGAUGCCUUGAUGGAGUAAAACACACAUCACACAUGACACUAUAAAAGGAAACAGUAUUAGAGCAUGAGACAAAUUAAAACUAGUACAAAUUAAAAACAUAAACUAUAUUUUUUCUACGUUAUAAGCACUCAGUGGAAUUGACCCCAACCUUGCCUAAGCCAUCAGUCUUUGUAAAGUACACAGUUUCCAGGGAAUUGAAAAAAGAUAUUUGAACGACCUUAGCCAGCUCUUAUACAAUGUUGUUUGUAGGUCCCGAGGCUGUCUGUUUUGUAAAAAAACAACAACACAUUUUUACCUGUUGACUUUCUAUGCUGUUGUUUCUGUAUAAAUGUUCUAUUGUUCAGUGCAUGUUGUAACUUUGGCGUUGUGACUGGUUGUGAUUCACACAGAGCCAGUACUUGUCAUGUAAAAAAAAAGUGUCUCAAUGUCCCAAGAUAUUUCUAUUUCUUAAGAAAAGCAACAUUCCCUUGGAUGACUCAAAAUGAAAUAAAUCAGAUCACUUUACAUUUUGA